CUUACUACUCUUAGAACGUCACUUCCUUUUGUUGACAAGAUGGCUUUCUUGGCAACGGUGCCGUAAUUCCUCGACAGUUGUAACAUAUUAUUUUCUCCUUCUUGCCGAAAUAUCACUUCAAUUAGCUGAUAUCAUAUUUUCAUACUUCGUUGUUCAAAAAGCAUUUGACAAAAAUGCCAGUCUAUAUUCGGAAAAAUGUUUCUCUUACACCACCAUCCAUUAGUAGGAUGUCUGAAGAGAAUGAGGAUGAUUACCUGCAAGACCCCGAUCAACUGCGGGACGUUCUUCCACAGCCCUAUCGAAUGAUAAAUAAUGUUAUGAAUCAAUUGUUUUCCGAUGUUUGGGAGAUAGUUCAAGAAAAAGAAAUAAAACGCCUCGAACUGGAGAGAAAAGUGAGACCUCCAAAAUACGAUCAACCAAUCAAGUUGCAGGUGCAUGGCAAGGUGACUGCACUUACCAACUCCAAGGAUGGCAACUAUAUUUUUAUUGGACUACCAAAUGGGUUUGCUGUAGUCAGUUCCCACAACCAACAGACUGUCGGCAUUUGGGAAGAAAAUGGAGCAGAAAUUACACGAAUUUAUGCCUAUAACUUUCUUAACUUUGCUUCCAUCUCAACAUAUCUUAUAGUCACUUUGGAUGACAUGGCAAUCGCUAAUUUUUUAUUUGCAAGCAACUUCAUUUUCUUAGCCAAGGUUUUUAAUAAUUCUGUAAGAAGUGGUAGAUAUUUUGCCAACGAUGUUCGUAAGAAAAAGGCUUUAGAAAUAGAAGUUGUUCCAAAGCUGCUAGCAAGUGCUGUUCAUGCCUCCCUGGAGGGUGACUAUGUGGGUGUAGUGUUCGAAAAUGACACAAAUGAUACCUGGCUUGAGGUACACAGAAUACCACGUGAGCUUUGGAUUAAAGAGCUUGAGACAUCCGAUAUCCAGUUUAAUAAAGAGAGAGUUUUGAAAGAUACUGAGGAAAGUUUUGCCAUGACAUCAAUGGAAUUAGCAACAAGUCAUUUUGCUGAAGAAGGCAAGAAGCCUGAGGGUAGGUUGGAACAGCAGCUUGCACUCUCCCCUUCUUUAAUAAAAACUCAAGCAGCUGUUAAGUUCACUUCACCUAAUCUGGUGCUGAAAGUCAAGCCACUGGCUCCAUAUUCAGCCACAGUGUCUACCAGUACGUUUUCAUUGGCUCAGAAAGCAGACACAGGAGAAGUACUAGGAACCGGUCAGAUGCACAUCAUGUCUGCUGCCCACCUUCAUUCACGGGAUUCUACAUUCCAACACAUGCACAGCAACCUCAUCAAGUACCUGCCCCAGGAAGACACACAAACACAACACUCAGUCAUGGAAGCAACGUUCCAUUUUCUGAAUCCAGGUCGGAUAUCAUUACCGGGAGAUCUGUCUACUGGACAGAAAGAUGAAGAUGAGGAAGAAACUCCUUUUAAAGAGAAGACAGGCAAACUUCAACAAAAAAAAGGAGAGUCAACAGUGGAGCAUGAAGAAGUGAUAGGUCUUGACAAGAAUCCCACAAAUGAUCAGCCAUGUAGUGUUGCAGUGUGGUGGUCAGGAAGCAAACAUUUGCUUCAGUUCUCCCUUCUGAAAUCUUCAAAAGAUUUAGAACACAAACCAGAUGUUGUAUGGCCCUUUUCCUGCAAUAUAACUGCUUCUGCAAUUUCAUCCUGCACUUCUCAUAUUGCAAUAGGCUUGGAGAACGGGAAUGUUGUAAUAUGGGACUUAUACCUUGGCAUACAGCGGGGAGUUGUCAACAUAUCUGCAACAAGUUCACUACGCAUGCUGCAUUUUGUUGACCCAUCCAUCUACCCUACUUCGAGAGUGCAUUAUCCUCCCUACGGACAGCAGGGUGCCACCUAUCUGCUGGCCCAGUGCCAAGACUCUACCCAGUACCUGUAUGACAUUGGUCACGAGACGCAUGAUCAACCUGUCUGUAUUGAACAAAUGCCAGAAGCAGAUGAUGAGAUUCAGACCCUACUGGAGUACGUUCCAGAUCUUCCACAGCUGGCAGUGGUUGUGCAGAAAGAUGGUAGACUCUACCUGAAGGACAUUCAGACAGGUGUUAAGGUGUGUCAGCUAUCACUGCCUGCCACAUACCAUCUUGCUUCACCAUGGGAACCCAUUAUGGCAUUUGGAGGAUGUGGACAAUUAUUGUUUGUAAAGGGUAAUGGAGUAGAGGUGAAUGAUGCUGGGGAAACCAACGAUGUAUCAGGACUGUUUGUAUAUACACUGAGAUCCUUCCCAACAUUGGAUAAAUACUGGGCUCAAACUAGAUAUGAGGGUCACUUGUCAGGUCAUUCAACUGCUGAACAGCGUCUGGAUGCGCUGAUGAAAGAAAGGUUUGAACAACAAGCUUUGCGGAAACAAAGGCUUCAGUCCCGUUGGAAUCUGUUGCGCUCUGACCUUGAGGUUUUACAAAGUACCAGAGAGAUGCCAGUCAAUCCUGUCAACCAGAGAUUCAUGAUCUAGAUGGUGCAGCUCUUCAAGAACCAGGGAAGUCAGCCACAGCUGUUUGAUUAGCAGAAUGAUGGAUUACAUACUGAAGAUUUCAUGACAAAAACCUCUGCUACUGAGACCUACACAUUUUCAUCAACAAGUGCU